CCGUCACACUGCUGCUUAUGGCACGAAACUCUAAUUUACAUGCGAAGUGCUUGUGCUGUGUGUUUAUCUCUGGACUUUGAUUGAAAUAUUAUACAGCUAAAUAGUUUCUUUUGUUGAUUUUUGAUCUAUUGUUUUGUGGGGAGAAAAACAACUCAUCGGAAUCAAGUUCGCUAAGGGUGGAAGAUAAUCUUGUAUGAAACAUAGAAGUUUUAAACAACUAGUUAAGCUGACAACAUCAAUGGCCAAACAAUAUCAACUUGUCUUUUUGCUUUUUAUACUUUCAAAUCAAGCAAACAGUCAGUUGGUGUGUAAUCAAUGUUUGAACAGUAAUAAUGGCAUGGGAGAUUGUGGAAGAGAGCAACGAUGCACAAGUGAAGAGCCGCGCUGUUUAGCUAUAAGAAGAGACGUUGAUGAUCUACUUGGGAACGUAGGAACCAUUUACGAGACGCGAUGUGCAAGUUCUACAGAAUGCUCAUCAAGCAACUUGAGAAAUAUCUGUCCUGGUGAUGAUUGUCAAGCCCAAUGUUGCUCAACCAAUAAAUGUGAUCCUUUCGUUUUGAUGAGUCGAGAAUCCCUCGAUACCUGUACACAUUCACGUCAACGCUGUGACGAAGAUCAAGAUGUAUGUCUUUCGCUUCUCAUGGAGGGUGGUAACGAUCCAAAGAGUUACUAUAAACGUUGUGCACGCAGGGACGAAUGCACCGAAAGUGAAUUGAAUAGAUUGUGUAAUGAACACAUGGACGAAUUCACUCAAAAACAAUGCAGGGCUACUUGUUGUCAUGAAGAAAUGUGCAACACUAGUUCCUUUCAUAUGAUUUCUUUAAUACUUCUCGCUUGUGUGUUUCUACUUGUUCUUGCUGCAAAUUAA